AUGCAUUGGCUGGCAUGGAAGAAGUUGUGCCGUCACAAGCGAGAGGGGGGUUUGGGUUUUCGGACUAUUGAGGAUUUUAACACGGCUCUACUAGCAAAACAGCUAUGGAGGUUAAUGGAUUACCCGGAUUCGCUUUUUGCUAAGAGUAUUAUCUCUGCUCGAUCUCUGGUAAACAAAGGGCUCAUUAAAAGGGUCGGUUCCGGAUCAUCCAUCUCAGUUUGGUAUGAUCCAUGGAUUUCUGAUUCCCGCCCGAGGUCAGCUAUUUGUAUCGGUGUUAAUUACUAUCCCCACCUGAGGGUGAGUGAGCUAAUUAACACUCAGACUUCAACGUGGAAUCUUCCACUAUUGCAACAAUUGUUCGAGAGCACUGAAGUUGCUCGUAUUACUGGGAUUACGAUUUCUACUGGUCUUAAGCCAGACAGGAUGGAUGGAUGUUCACUCAAACAGGGCGAUAUACGGUUAAAUCGGGGUAUAAGGUCCUCCAGGAGUUCCCGGACGUGGAGGGCACACCGGUAUUCGGACCAGACACACGUAGACUGCAAGCUCAGUCCUGGAAAGUAA